GUCAGCAACAAACGAAGGCGAAGCAUUUAUAUAAGGUUGCGAACUUGCCUUUGGAGGACAUAGACAGAAUGGUUGUCAUCAUGUACUCCAACGAUGGGGAUUAUCACUGCAACACUAUUCCCUUGCUUGAAGACAUUCCAGCAAGCACUCCAGCUGCAGAUCGAUCAUCUGGUGAGCAGGCGGGUGACUUAUCAGCACUUGUGCGCAGAGAGAGAAGGCCAAAGAUGUUGGCUGAUGUCGUGGAGAAGAACUUCACGCGCAUGAAGUUGAAAAUGGCAGGAAUGGAGCCAAAGGAGAAAUUUGCGUACGAAGGUAUGAAAAGGGAGCCAAAUGCGAUGGUGGAGACAUUGGAGCAUUUUUGUCCUGCGGAUGAGGCGGUUGUUUUCCUGGGAAAAGGUCAUGCGGCGUUGAUUUGGGAGUUGUUAAAGAGUCACCGUCAUUGCAUUGUUCUGGAAGGGGAGGGUAUGAAGUUGGAGUUUCUCGUUCAAUUCGUCACCAAGAUGGUUAAGAGUGGACUUUACUUCGCCAACUUUGUUAAGUCGCCUCCUCGACAUGAUGAAAAGCGUAAUCUCGUCUACAAAGUUGGCCAAAACAUCGUCAACAUUUGGGAGUUCCUUUUCGAGACUAAGCCACAAAACAAAGGGGAACGUGCAUAUAUCGUCAGAAGGCGAAAAAUGAAAUCACUUCUGAGGGGGUAUCAUAAGGCACCGGCGGAGACGGAAGUUGCAUUUCUAGACCGUUUGGAGAUGAGGUACUUCGAGGAACAAAUCGGGGCGUUUACAAUCGCAGCUUAUGCAACUUGUUUUGGGGAAGGCUUCGAUGUUGAGGACUCAGAGGAAGAAAGUGAAGAUGGUACUUUACAAGCGACUUUGGCAGAUGAGAGGCAAAAAGCUUGUAGCUCGGCUUCGCAGAAGAUGGGUGCGCCGGACACAUCGUCCGGUUCUGGGAGGGCUUCGAGUAUGGCAGUUACAACGGACCAGUUUCAACGGACCAGUUACAUGGCGGGCAACACAACAGCGGUAUCUUCCAGCGCAGUUCGGGAUUAUCCGAGGGUGCAGGCAAUUCUCUCCCUAGAGGUUAUGGCAAGUCUGUCAGCACUUGCAUAUAGCCCGGCUACUGUUUUGGAAUUGCUACGCUCUCAAACUACUCAACCACCUCCGUCUGAGCCUUUGGAGUACGAGAUUGAAGACAUCAUCCCUCCGGAUAUUGCACGACUUCCUGGACCUGUUGUGUGCCGAGACAAUUAUACGGUGAUGCCUGACAACUAUUUGGAAGAGUUCUAUGAUCCAGAAACAAGUCCAACUUUUGGAUAUAAUUGGCGUAUCGAAGAGGAACUUGAAGACAAAGUUGGGAAAAGGAAAGGAGCGAGCGGCGAUGAGAGUGGCAACGGAUCAGGAUCAGGCGGCGGUGCGCUUGGCAAGGGAACAAGAUCAAGUGGUGGUAAACAUGGCAAGGGAUCGGAACCACGGGGCAGUGUCAGUGGCAAGGGCCUGGGACCGAGCGUCAGUGCAAGUGGAAAGCCAAUAAGUCAUGGUGAACUGCAAAAUCACGAAAUGUGUCAAGGACGUCAAGCAACAGAGGGAAAGGUAUCAGGACCAAGCGGCGGUGCACAUGACAAGGGAUCGGGUUCGCCUCUGGGAUUAGGACCAAGCAGCGGUGCACAUUGCAGGGGAUCGGGUUCGCCUCUGGGAUUAGGACCAAGCGGCAGUGCACAUGGCAGGGGAUCGAGAGGCGAUGCAAGUGGCCAGGAUUUGGGAGGAAGCGGCGGUGCAAGCGUCAAGGGCGUAARUCAUGGAGAACUGCCGAAAUGUGUCGAGGACGUCCUUCCGGAUGACCAAGUUUGGGCGACCACUGUGUUGGCGAGCGAGAGUGUUACUGCGCAAGUGGAUAAUACUGGUGCACUUGUAGAAUUAGAGAUGCCAUUGGAUACAUGAGAAAGAUGAGCAUGAUGUCUCUCUGGACAUGAAGAAUGAAAGCGCGACUGCAGG